UUUCUACAAUGUCUAAUUGUUGACAUUUCUUUCUUGCAGCCAGUCAGCAAUGAUGAAUCAGGCAGGGCUUCGGAGGAUCCCCCCUGACCAAUCGUCAGGGAGUGGUCACACCUUUGGCAGCCCUCGGCACCCGAGCAUCAAAGACCCUAUUCUUUCAAAGCGAGUGUGCUUCUACAAAAGUGGGGAUCCUCAGUUUAAUGGUCUACGUAUGGUCAUCAAUAACCGUACGUUUAAAACCUUUGAUGCACUCUUGGACAGUCUAUCUAAAAAAGUCCCCCUUCCUUUCGGGGUCAGGAAUAUCACCACCCCUCGGGGGGUUCAUGCAAUCUAUACUCUGGAUGAACUGGAGGAUGGGAAGUCCUACAUCUGCUCUGACAGCCGUAAGGUAAAACCUAUCAACCUGGCACUGGCCAGGAAGAAGCUGCCACCUUGGUACCAUGCCAGGCCUGUUAGUUCCCGUCGUCGGACAGUGCAGCAGGCCAGGUUUUUCCCCGGCCGCAACAUCCACAAGCAGGAGCCAGUGGUUGUGCGAACACCAAAGAAGCUACUCGUUUUUCGCAAUGGAGACCCCACUGUACAACACACUGUGGUGCUUCACAAGAGGACUACACCCACUUUUGAGUCUAUCCUGGAAUAUAUCUCAGAGCUGAUGCAGAUCCAUGUGGUGAAACUAUACACCCCUGAUGGCAGACGUGUUGAUGGUCUUACAGGGUUGAUAUUGUGCUCUGGGACUGUCGUGGCUGCAGGCAGGGAGCCUUUCAGGUCUGCAAACUACAAUGCACAGAAAUCACCAGCUCCAACAUGGUCCUCUACCAACCGAAAGGGUCUGAGAAGACUCAAGUCUUUAAACCGUAAAAAGAAGCAUCUUUCAUAUGGUUCAAAGUCAAGGAAUUUCUCUCCAUCAUCUGAGAGGUAUAUUGUGAAUCGGAUCCAUAACUCCAUGGCAGAAAGUUCAUGCGAUCUUCCCAGUUACCACACAAACUCUGUCGAACUGGAGUCGAGUCGUAUGCUGGAGUCAGUAGCAGAAACAGACCGUGACACCUGCCUUGGCGAUGGAGCUGAGGGGCAGGGCUGCUUGCUGCCCUCUGAGGAUGACAUUGAGAAGUCCUUUCGGGUGAACCAAGAUGGCAGCAUGACAGUGGAGAUGAAGGUUCGCUUGACAAUUAAGGAAGAGGAAACCAUCCACUGGACAACUACUCUUACGCGCUCAAGUGUGGCCAAUCAGCUUAAUGUGAGCUGUUUGCCAGAGUCUGAGGCAGAGCAGGAGGUCUGCUCGCCUAAAUCAGACUCGCUGGAUUUACAAAGUCCUGCUGCCUCUAUUGACACCAUCAACAAGGACAAAACUAAGGACAACAAUGAUGAGGAUCCACCAUCCCUGAGCAACGGAACUAUCAGUGAGAGUGGUAAUGAAGAGGAUGAUAUGAAAGUACAGACAGACGUGGCGUCACCUCGGAGAGCUCCGACACCAGGGUACACGCAGAUAAGAAAAAAGCAAGCCUCUAUGGAGAGCAUCACAUCAGUAACACCUGAGGGUAUUCAGCAAGGAAUUGUUGGCUCUUACUCCUACAAAGAAGAGACAGAAAAUGGAGCCAUGACAGAGCAAUACUGUAUGGUCAAACAGAGCACCACUCGACCAGUACCAAAACCGAGAAGACUUGGAUCUGUGGAUGCCAACAAUAUAAACAGCAGAAAUGUAUCCACAUUCAAAUCAGCUGAGAUCCUACAGAUUGAAUCCAGUGGGGAGGAGGUCACUGAAACUGUCUUACACAUAUAUGAACAGCAGACUUGCCAGGAUAAUUUCCUUGCAAACAUGUGUGCGCAGGGUAUGUCUGCUUCCAGGACUCCUUUUGGUCGGCCAGCUACUUCAGAAACAGGACAGCUCUCCUCCAGUAACGAGUUCGAACCUGAGCUCUGGAGACCUUCAACGGCAUCUGAAUCCAUUAAUAUCUGGAGGGCUGAGAACAUGUCAGCAACAUCUGAUUUUGCCUUGCAGUCACUGAGGACUGAUGCAAUGCAAGCGACAAAUAGGCAGCAACAAUUCCCACAGGCCACCAAAGGCAAAGGCAAGGCCAAACAAAGAGAGGUCAGUAAGGAUAAGAGGGUGUCCCCGAAACCCAAAGUGAUCAAUAAACGGCGGCUGUUGACACCACGGAAAAGACAAAAAGAGAAUUCUGCAGAAGCGGCUGGGACACGUACAAAGGCAAAAACUUUCUCCAGCGCUGGGUUCAUUAAGCGAAUUUAUGGGAAUAAAUCAAAAUCAACAAAAAGCACAAUGAAGCUUAAAAAGAGACUGACACAAAAAAGGGACGCGGGUGUUACAACACAGAGCUCACAACCAUCAGAUGACAUAGACAUACCAUCGCCACUGAAAGGAAGUCAGAGUGAGACAGAUUCUUUAGAAACAAGCAAGCUGAAUGUUUCUUCUACUGAGAGGGGAAUACUGACACGACAGACAUCAAUGCAUCAGGAAAAAAAGAAUGAAAACAAGGCCCAUGAUAUCAGCAAAAGCAUGGCACUGCCUGCUCUUAACUCCUCCAGCUCUGUUACUAAUGAAUAUGUAGAGAACUGGCUGGAGAAAGCCCACCUUACCCCCACUUCCUCCCCAGAUGAGGAAACAAAAAAAUUAGAUGCAGUUACUCUUUACGAUUUCAAUGGAGCUACUCACACCACCGCCACCACCACCACCACCACCACCACCACCAGCUGA